AUGGCUUGUGCAGCUCUUGACCGGCAUGGGGCGGUGCUGGCUCAAGGUGUGCUUGUGACAGUCCAUGACUUAUACGGCGGUUCGAUGCCGUUGCGAGUGCUUGAGACUUAUUUGCGUGCUGUCUGUGGCUACGACUUGCAGCCUUUUCGCUACCGGCCGCGUGGGCAGGACCUUGCUACAUCGGGCAAAGAAUUGAGCCACGUUUUAAGAAGUCAAAAGCCACAUACGAUGGGCGAAGCAAUUAAUUUUGUAACCCACGGUUACGGCGCAUUGGUGCUACGAGAAGCAUUUCGGUCAGUAGACUGGAACCAUACAAAGUCCAAGGUGGUGAUGCUGGCGCCACCCAAUCAAGGGAUUCGGUACCACAAGGCCAUGAAGAAAAACAUUGGCGUGGCUGGGUACGGCGGAGUGGCAGCUGAGGAAUUGGCGAGCUUGAGUGCUGACGAUCUAAAUCAUCGACUUGGGAAACUUCCGAAAAGAUGUUACCCGCUGAUCAUAGCGGGAAAUCUCUGUCUCAAUCCGUUCAAUCAGCAUAACUAUCCCAAUGACGGUAUAAUAAUGGUUAAAGAGACUGAACUGCCCGGGGAGUCCCGACAACAGAUCAUUGGGGCUUCACACUAUCUCUUGCCGUCUCAUCCCACGACAAUCAGACUCACACAGUCAUUUCUGGGAGCAUAA